AUGGCGUUGUAAAAAAAAAUGCAGGUUUGUUUUUCAUGGGUGUUAAAUAUGUUUAAGUGUAUUAACCGGGCAGCUCAGAGUAAGAGGUAUCUUCGUUCAGGAAGCACCACUUUCUGUUUUGUAAAACAUCGUAGAUUCCGAGAGUUGAAGCUCAUCUUCCUCCUGCUGUUGUCAUCCUUGCCACUCAGAAUGAACGACACAGCCGUAAAUAGGGUGGUUACUGAAAUAAUACGUUCUCCGGAAGACAAACGGGUUUACAGAGGCCUGGAGUUUGCCAAUGGCUUGAAGGCCAUGCUCAUUAGUGACCCAACAACAGACAAAUCCUCUGCUGCUUUAGAUGUACACAUUGGUUCUUUAUCGGACCCAGUGAAUAUAUCGGGCCUGGCACAUUUCUGUGAGCACAUGCUGUUCCUGGGAACAAAGAAGUAUCCCAAAGAGAAUGAAUAUAGCCAGUUUCUCAGCGAGCAUGCAGGGAGCUCCAAUGCCUUUACUAGUGGAGAGCAUACCAACUUCUACUUUGAUGUUUCCCAUGAGCACUUGGAAGGAGCAUUAGACAGGUUUGCUCAGUUUUUCCUUUGCCCCUUGUUUGAUGAGAGUUGUAAGGAUCGGGAGGUGAAUGCUGUGGACUCGGAGCACGAGAAAAACCUCAUGAAUGAUGCCUGGAGACUCUUUCAGUUGGAAAAGGCAACUGGCAACCCUAACCACCCCUUCAGUAAAUUUGGAACAGGCAAUAAGUUGACCCUUGAGACCAGACCAUCCCAGGAUGGACUUGAUGUCCGCCAGCAGCUCCUGCAAUUUCACUCCACAUAUUACUCCUCUAACCUCAUGGGACUGUGCGUGUUAGGCAGAGAAUCAUUAGAUGACUUGACCUCCAUGGUGGUUAAGCUCUUCGGAGAAGUGGAGAAUAAGAAUGUGCCUCUCCCAGAAUUCCCAGAACAUCCCUUCCAGGAAGAACAUCUCAGACAAUUCUACAAGGUGGUGCCGAUCAAAGACAUCAGGAACCUUCAUGUGACUUUUCCCAUCCCAGACCUACAAAAGUACUACAAGUCUAAUCCUGGACAUUACCUGGGUCAUUUAAUUGGCCAUGAAGGACCUGGAAGUUUGUUGUCUGAGCUGAAAGCUAAAGGCUGGGUGAACACGCUCGUAGGAGGACAAAAAGAAGGAGCCAGAGGAUUUAUGUUCUUCAUCAUCAACGUUGACUUAACAGAGGAAGGCCUCUUGCAUGUGGACGACAUCAUCUUCCACAUGUUCCAGUACAUCCAGAAACUACGUACUGAAGGGCCCCAGGAAUGGGUGUUCGAGGAGUGCAAGGAUUUGAACAGAGUGGCCUUCAGAUUCAAGGACAAAGAGCGACCUCGUGGCUACACCUCCAAAGUGGCUGGUUUACUACACUACUACCCUCUUGAAGAGGUCCUUGCAGCAGAGUAUCUUCUAGAAGAUUUCAGACCAGAUCUAAUUGAGAUGGUGUUGGACAAGCUGAGGCCAGAGUAUGUCAGAGUUGCAGUGGUCUCAAAGUCGUAUGAAGGGCACACGGAUAAAACUGAAGAAUGGUACGGUACACAGUACAAACAGGAGGCCAUCUCUGAAGAGACCAUUAAGAAAUGGCAAAAUGCAGAUCUCAAUGGAAAAUUUAAAUUACCUAUGAAAAACGAGUUCAUCCCAACCAACUUUGAAAUUUACCCUCUGGAGAAAGAUUCUCCUUCAGUCCCAACUUUAAUCAAGGAUACUGCAAUGAGCAAGGUGUGGUUUAAACAUGAUGACAAGUUUUUCCUCCCAAAGGCUUGCCUGAACUUUGAGUUCUUCAGUCGCUACUUAUACACAGAUCCCCUGCACUGCAACAUGACCUACUUGUUACUCAGGUUACUGAAGGAUGAUUUAAAAGAGUAUACAUAUGCAGCCCGCCUGGCAGGGUUGGUGUAUGGCGUAGCCUCAGGGAUGAAUGCCAUCCUCCUGUCUGUCAAAGGCUACAAUGACAAACAGCAUAUCCUGCUGAGGAAGAUCAUUGAGAAAAUGGCCUCAUUUGAGAUCGACGAGAAGCGUUUUGACAUCAUCAAGGAAGCAUACAUGAGGUCUCUGAAUAACUUCAGGGCAGAACAGCCUCAUCAGCAUGCCAUGUACUACCUCCGCCUACUAAUGACUGAGGUUGCUUGGACCAAAGAUGAGCUCCGCGAGGCUCUGGAUGAUGUAACUCUCCCACGCCUCAAGGCCUUCAUACCUCAGCUAUUGUCACGGUUACAUAUUGAAGCACUUCUCCAUGGCAACAUCACCAAGGAGUCUGCUCUUGGUAUGAUGCAAAUGGUGGAGGAUACACUCAUCGAACACGCUCACACCAAGCCCCUCCUUCCAAGCCAGCUCAUUCGCUACAGAGAGAUUCAGAUUCCAGAUGGUGGCUGGUAUGUAUAUCAACAAAGAAAUGACGUGCACAACAACUGUGGUAUCGAGAUCUACUAUCAGACGGACAUGCAGGCCACUCAUGACAACAUGCUGCUUGAGCUGUUCUGUCAGAUCAUCUCUGAGCCCUGCUUCAACACACUAAGAACCAAAGAACAGCUGGGCUACAUAGUGUUCAGUGGACCUCGACGGGCCAAUGGAGUUCAGGGACUGCGCUUUAUUAUCCAGUCAGAGAAGGCCCCCCACUACCUGGAGAGCCGCGUGGAAGCUUUCCUUUGUACCAUGGAGAAGGCUGUGGAGGAGAUGAGUGAGGAAGCUUUCCAGAAACACAUCCAGGCCCUCGCCAUCCGCCGCCUGGACAAACCUAAGAAGCUGUCGGCAGAGUGCGCCAAGUACUGGGGAGAGAUCAUCUCUCAGCAGUAUAACUUUGACAGAGAUAACGUUGAAGUUGCUUAUCUGAAGACUUUGACAAAAGAAAACGUAAUUCAGUUCUACAGAGAACGUCUGAUGGUGGAUGCACCUAAAAGACACAAAGUGUCUGUACACGUCUUGUCCAGAGAAAUGGACACCUGUCCAGCAGUGGGAGAAUUUCCUGCUCAGAACGAUGUCAACCUUGCCCCCGCUCCCUCCCUGCCACAGCCCACAUUGGUUCAGGACAUGACAGAAUUUAAGAGGAGUCUUCCUUUGUUCCCAUUGGUCAAACCUCACAUCAACUUCAUGGCUGCUAAACUGUGAGCCAGUCGGCAAAGGGGAGAAGACAAGGGGCAGCACGAGGGUGGGGGCUGGAAGACCUCACCCUCCUCCCUACCCACCCUGACCCCCACCAGAAGACUACCCAGAGCGAGCCUGCAUGAACGUUUUGAGCGUGCUUGUGUGCGUGUGCAUGUGUGAAGAUGUGUGGCAGGCUGGAAUCCACUGCAACCGAUGCUUGGAAACAAAUGUGUGUAUUAGAAACCACUUGUGUUGAAGGUGAGAAUGAGGUUAGAGGUCACUUCUGUCUCUGAGAGCAGACACAACACACCCUGCAUCACAGUGCUGCAUAGAUGGUUGUUGAGGGAAAACAAUCUGAAGACCAUUUGAAGAAAGUGUAACUACAGGAUCCUCCCAGCAGGAGGCGUUUUAUUUGGAUGUUCCAGAGAGGAGCUGCUUUGAGAGCAAAGAGCAGGUAAAUGUGGAAGAUGGGGUGUCUGCAGUAGUUAUAUUUGAAGGUUUGUUUUUAUUUUAUUCCUGUGGCUGAAAUAUUAACUUUGAGUUACCCGAUGAUGUUAUCUCAAAAGGACAUUUUUAUUCAAGAUAUUUGGUUUGUUUGUUUGUUUUUUUAGUGUGUGCUCCGUUGUUUUAAUCCACUUUGUUUUUGUUCUUGUUUGGAUCCUCCUAAGAUGUUGGCACCCUUUGAGAAGCUGUUUUUAAAUGGAUCAUCAAAUGUUUGUGGAAAAAUAGUUUUAAUGCAUUUAACAGUAGUUUGUAUUUCAAACAUCUCAGGGGAACCUCCAAGCUGAUUGGAUUCUCUCAGUUUUAUUAGUAAAUCAUUAAAAUAUACAUGAGUUUUACCCAUCUGUCAUCAUUAACUCACUCCAGUGAGUCUAAGCAAGUUCUCUAAAAGAGGAUCAGGGUUGCAUUCAAUUUAGUGUCACAUCACUCUUAGCUUUUUUUUUUUUGUCAUCAUCUCUCAGAAUUCUUUAUUUUUUCAUGCUGGUGCCCCCCUACUGGUCAGUAUCAGGAUCAACUGCAUGGCAAGUGAAGUCCUUUCACUUGGCCACUUAGAUUUGACUUAAUUUUUUAUUAAUAUUCUGAUUUGAAAAAAUGAAAUGCUAAUGAAAAUAAUUAAUCCUGCCCCUUGUGGUCAAGCUAGGUACUGUAGUGUUAUUGGAACAAGGUCAUACUAUCGCAGAUGAUUUAGUAAGUCAUUAAAAUGAGAAAUCUGAACAAAAACCUCAGAAUGAACACAUUAACAGUGAAUAAUUUGAUCUAAUUUUAAAUAGAAAUAUAUAUUUUCUUCUAUAAGGAGACGUACUGUUCUCUCCUUCAGCUUUAACUUCUUGGGAUAAAAAUACUUCAGGUAUUAUAUAUUGUAUAUGAACUCACCUAAAGAAUUUUGCAUUUAGCUGUAUAUACAAAUUUCUAUUUGGAGGUCAAGUCAGGACUCGAUUAUAAUCUCAAAAUUCUGGGAUUAAAUUUAGUUGUAUCUGCAGACAACAACAUUUGUGAUUAUCUGCUCUUUUUAUCACAAAAAAUAGGUGUUAGAUUAGUCAGAACUGCCAAAGAAAGAACACCAGCUCUUCACCUCUGUCCUUCCCAUCAUUAAUCAUAUCUCUUUAUUUAAACUUGAAUGUGACAAUGAGCAUUCCACCUGACCUUUGCCCUCUUUCUGUUUCACUCUGAGGAAUACCUUCUACCCAUGUUUUUUCUGCAGCCUGUGCCUUUCACCUUUAAAUACUCCCCUGUCUUCACACUGAGGUGAUUGUGUUUGGUCAGGGGUGAAAAUCCUUAUCUCCCCCAACCUCACUCUCACCCUUUUAAGACAACUGCUGGACUGUGCACUGGCUUUUAUAAUAGAUUUGAAGAAGAAACUGUAACACGUGAUAUUUACUCCAACCCUUCCGGUGUCUACGGUAGUAAAUAUCACGUUGCCUGAGUUUCUGUCUCAGUAAAUGCACUUCUUUCUCAAAGCAAUAAAAAUUUCUGGUGAGGCAGAGUGAGCUGCUGGUUCUGAUGACCGUGUUCUUUGGUGCUAAACUAUUGAUCAUGUACAAGAAAUGGAUCUUAUGGUUCACUUUCGGACUUUGUCACAAAAUAACACCCUAGCUGUAGACCUGGAAGUACUCCACUGAGUACGCAGGUUACUCCAUUUGAAUGAAUGAAUUACUAAUGAAUACCAUUCCAACACCAUCACUGAUUUGAUUGAAAUAACCCAACAAAAAGCUAAUAUGUUCUUCCUUCGACACCACCCUGAUGGUGAACACUGGUAGUGUUAUGUUUUUGAAGAGCUGGUUCCCAUUUCCUACAUAUAUACAGAACUAUUUAUACUGUGUUUCACAUAAAUAAAAGUGCAGGUCAUUAACCAAUAUUAAAAACAUUGAGUGCUAAAAUACCCACAUGCGAAUUUUGCUCCAUUGCUGCUCAUACUUAUUUUUGCAGCGAUAUGGAGUGUGUAUAGAACACGUAUGACGCAGAAUAUCAUCAAGCCAUACAUUUUCCAAUAAAGGAGCACUUGCUUUUUGAAAUUGA